CUAGGUCAACGUUAUCACAUACAAACGGCGCCGUGCGAGCGGCCAAAGUUCAUGAUAUCAAGUUACAAUUAUGUAUAAAUGCCCGUGCAUACUGACCUUGUAACUCCUGGUGUUAUGCAGGAGCUAGCUCCCCCUCAAUACACCACUAUAUCUAGGGUCAGAUCCACGCCUUCGUUGAAUUAGAACUUAGCGUUUCAGUUGCCAUUACACAAAACAACCUCAUUUACUGUAUAGGCUCAAUUAUUAUUAGGUUAACUUAGAUUCUGAUAUACCAGUACAAGGUUCUGUCACGAUCUGUUCACGAUGAAGCUACGGUGGGGUAUUUGCUCGACCGGUAGAAUCAGCAAUGAUUUCGUGUUGGCGCUCAGCCUUCUGCCUGCCGAGGACCACGAGGUGGUUGCCGUAGCUGCUCGGUCCGAAGCUAGUGCGAAGAGGUUCGCCGAGAAACACAAGAUUGCAACGGCUUAUGAGGGAUAUGAGGCUCUGGCGAAGGAUGUCAAUGUUGACAUCGUACACAUUGGCUCAUGGAUCCACGUUCACCUUCCUUUGUGCAAGCUUUUUCUUGGACACGGUAAGAAUGUCAUUUGUGAGACACCCCUGGCGCUGAGCAAGAGAGAAGUCCAGGAGAUUCUGGAUCUUGCCAAGGAGAAAAACCUCUUCUUCAUGGAGAGUUGGUGGUCGAGAUUCUUUCCGGCGUAUACGAAAUUGCGAGAGCUGUGGGUUGGUGGAGACAUUGGUGACGUGAAGUCAGUGAAUGCUUCGUUUGGGGUACCCAUCCUGAAUGAAGAAAGAGUGCAACUUAAAGAGUUCGGAGGAGGCGGACUGAUGGAAUUCGGUGUGUUUCUUGUUAACGUGACGCUGAUGCUGUUCAAUCAGACGCCAAUAUCUUGGUCCACCAAGGGAUGUCUUGCACCAUCAGGCGUGGACGAGCUUGCUGUUACAACCAUUGUCUUCCCUAACAACGCCAUAGCAACGCUGACGAGUAGCGCAGGAGUGUAUCUUUCAAAUGAGAUGGAAAUCCGAGGCACCAAGGGAUAUAUCAAGAUUCCGCCUUUGUUUUGGUGUCCAUUGAAGAUGGAAGUGACCACCUUCAUUCAGAGAAGUGAUAGAGCCAUGGACAUUGAGGAGAAACGUGAAGUGAUGGAAUUUCCUCUUCCUAGUAGCAAAGAAGGGUUUAAUUAUCCAAACACUGCUGGGUUUCAGUACGAAGCAGAGGCAGUGCGUCAGUGUAUUAUGAAAGGUUUGAAAGAAUGCCCCACCGUCAGUCAUAAAGAUAUCUUGUUGGUGCAUGAGAUUUUGCAAGACGCACGACACGAUGUGGGAUAUAUAAGUGAUGCGGACAAGGAACAGCAGACGACGACUGGGCCUAUGCCUUGUCAGUAAAAAAAUAACUUACCAAAUAAGUAACUGUAGUGCCAAAGAUUUGCUCUGCUGUUCUGAUCUGAAUAACCUUGCGCCCUUCUAUAAGAACAUCAUUUUGUCUUGGUUGCAGUCAGCCCACGGGCAGAGGCUGCAGACAUUACUGAAGUUGCGAAGCAAAGAAUUUGGAACAACCAUGCAGUCAAAUUCAAGGGUAAACCGAUUUUUCUGAAAAACUGGAUCUCAGCUGGUGUCAUUUACGUUGAUCAUCUUUAAGACAACCACGGUAAUUUCAUGACCGCUGAUCAGAUUAGGCAAAUCAUUGGCAACAAGGGUAACUACUUACUGGAAUAUUAUAUUGUCAUUAAUUCCCUUCUCGUGGAAUGGAAACAACUUUCCAAAGAAACGAUUGGUAACAUUAAUAUUGAUGUUCGAAAUGAGCUAAUUAAGAUGAAUAUGAAGCGCAUCAGGAAGAAAUUUACUGACACAAAAUUCACUUCCCCCAUAGCAGAGACAUUUUGGAAAAACAAAUUCCCCACUCAUAAAUUUUGUUUGGGAUGUAAUAUGGAAGAGGCUCAACUAUUGCUGUCCAGAUAGUAAGCCCUUUUCAAUCAAUUGGAAAAUCAUUCAUAAGUGUUACCCCAAGCAAGUCUGGCUUUGCAAAAGGAAGAAGAGUGAUUCAGAAAAUUGUACAUUUUGUCAUGAUAGUAUUGAUUACAUUGAACACUUUUUGGGUUGUGUAAAAUGGUAAAACCCCUUUGGAACGAAAUCGAAAAGAUUGCUGCAUCUAAGUAUGGCAAAUCGAUCAGUCUGUCCGUGGAAAAUAUUCUUUUCGGGGUCAGGGAAACAUACAAUAGUUAUCGGUUUCUAAAUACUUUAAUUAAUAUAGGUAAACAAACAGUGAGUCGUUUUAAAUUUGGCCAGCAUUCCAACCUUAUCAUCCUUUUUGAGCAGGAACUCCAGCUUCGUCAUGUCGAGUAAACUGUUUUGUUAGAAUUUUUGUUGUGUGUAAUUCAGUAGUACCUAUAGAGCAGAUGAUUAACUAUACAUGUACAUAGAUUAUUGUUAUUUAAUUGUUGAUUGUAUCUUUGAAUAAAACAGAAAAAACAAAUACGGAAAUUCGCAUAUAAAAACCAAAAUUACACAUUUCAUAUACCCUUUAACUUUGGGAUUUGCUGAUUGAGAACCUCAUUUUACUGGGAUAUCAUAACUCUCUGAGGGUCACUUACAAAGUGACCAUAGUUAGUUUACCAAAAUACUUAGGGAAGAGCUAUUUUUUUUGUAAUUACAUUACAUCCAUUUUCAUUAGCUUUAAUUUACAUAGAGCACGUAGUGCAACGUAUUUUAGUCGGUUUCUUUUGCACUGUAUUUGAGUACUGAACCUUUCAGUUUGAAUUGCAAUUAAAAAUAAUUAAAAUUAAUAAGUAUUAUAGUGAGUGAAAAGAAUUACAACUUUUGAGUGUUGCAUCUAAAUGCUCAUUUGAGUUUAGAAAAUAGUUUUAGUUUUUUUUUUAAACUAGUUUGACAUUUUGAAAUUCUCAAUGCACUGCUUGCGCAAAUGUAUAUUAAAAAGAGUUUUGUUAUUAAUGAUUGAUAGGUGGUGGUUUUAGUGUCUGCAUAUGCGUCCUCACUGAAAUUGAGCUGCUAUUAUUAAUAAUACAGUCACUGGAGAAUAUUGUACAACAGACAAAACCAGUACUAGCUGUGGCACAUCCGGGGGGAGGUGGGGCGCUCGGGG